UAGUAAUUUGAAUUAUUGUAGCGCAUAAAAGAGAGAACUUCUAUCGAAGAAACACGAUAUCCGACUCACAAAUAUGGAUCGUUCGCCAAAAGGCGAUGUGGAACAUGGAAUGCCAACAGCUUCCUCUGGGCCUGACGGUCAGAAGUCGAAGCAAAAAUCAAAAAUGGCCACUACUGGCGGAGGAGGUGAUAUAAAACGUAAAGCGCCAGCUUCACCGCCACCCAACAACACCAAAAAAAUUGUCCUUGCAUCCGGAGUGUUACUGUGCAUUGUUUCAUUGGUUGCCAUAGUUAUGGUAACAUCUGGAAACUAUGGAUCAUCAUACAACAUGUCUAUACCGCAGUUCCAGGGAGACCUUCAAAUGGAGGAACUGGAUGGUGAAAUGGUGACGUGGUCUGAUGACUACAACGACCCCAAUUCAGAAAAAUCACAAGCACUGAAGAAAACCUUGUCUUCAAGAAUGAGGUCAGCAUUCCAUGAUGAAGGCGUGGAGGUAGACGAGGUAAAUAUUCUAGGAUUCACACCUGCUGAACCAAAAACAGUAGUAACGACAAAACUGAAGUCAACAGCUCAAGCAGGAGGAAGGUCGGUGUUUUCAUCCAUGGGAGACUCCGAUCAAUUUCAGAGCGCAGAAGGUGCUUUGACACCAAACGAUAUCACCAGCAUGGAAGUGGAAACUGUUGAACAUGCGGACGUUAGUUACGUCAAUAUGAAAUUUGAGACGAAAGGGACACCCACAAAAAAUGCUGCUGUUUUUACGUCAUCGAACGGCCAAUGGACUUCGGUGUCUAAUAUGGUAGAAUCCAGAAUGGCGUCUGAAGGUGUUGGUGUCAGUAUCCAAGAAAUAAAACCCGAACCUCAAUUCAUGGAUAGCGUGUAUAAGGCGAUAGAGGAUAAACCGUCUCUCAUGCAAACUCCGCCCAUGCAAACGCCACAAGGAGAGCCCUGUCCUUGCCAAGAUACCGGUUAUGACAUUUCACCAAAAACGAAAGUUUGCCUUUGCGAUUCUUCGUGCGUGCAACCCCAGACAUACAUUUAUGGAGGAACAGAUAACAUAUUUGCAGUCUAUUCAAACCUCUGCUUGGCAGCUUACUAUGCUGGAAUUACAACUGAUGAAGGAGGGGUAGUUGAAGUGAUAGAUUUGAAUGAGGGUAAAGUUACAAGCGCUGGGGUUAAGAAUGGAGUUACAGCAUGGAAUAUUCCUUUUGAUGUCAGAAUAUUUAAAGUGAAAAGCUUUGGACCAGUCAUCAAUCCAGCUCAGCCCCCUCCCAGUCCCGGAUCAACCAAUCAGUUCAGUGAAGCUAUUAUAACAGGCGAAGUGAUGUUUACAAUGUAUUUGCAAUAUCUAACUGUUGGAGGACAACCCGUAUCUUUUGUGCCAUCAAUGACGAACGUGAAAUCCAGCGAGGCAAAGCAAUUGACAGAUAUGGUGCUUUCAAAGAUUCAGUCGGGCGUUUCAGCACACGGAUUUGUCGUUGGGGGUGUUGUACCCAGUGAAAUUAUACAUCCACCGACUAAAGCUGGAGUGAUUAUAGGUGUUGAAAUAAAAGGAGAUUUUGCAACAAAUGUGGAAAACGCUGUUAGAUUGGAAGGUAUGGAGGCCGGAUCCGUUCCUGCAAAGAUUUUGCAGUCAAUGUCAGGAGACGAUGUAAGAAUCCGCGUUUUCAGAUAUUCUAAAGCCUUCCUCGAGAAGAUGACAAGAUCGAUGGAAAAAGCCGGAGCAUCACAAAAUGCGUAUUAAACAGUUGAACAGCGACAUAUGAUAUUAUGGUAAUUGUUAUUGUUCAACCUAACUUGCUAAAUUCCAUAAACAACACAAGUUGUUUGAUUUCAAAUAUAGUUCCCUUUGUUGCAUUGAA